CAUCCGAGGACGCGAGCACCCUCCCCCUCCGCUCAACCCAGCGGAUCACUAUGCUCCCGCCGCAACUCCCCGGACCCGCCGGGCACCUCCCGCUCGCCCUUGCCGUCACCGCCUCCUUCGCCGUCAGCUGCAGAGGCCGCUCCCCCCGCCGCCGCCGAGCGAAGCCCAAGCGCAUCGUGUUCCCGCCCCCGCCGCUCCGCCGCCUGGUCUCCUCCUCCCUUCGCCGCCUCCUCCCGCGCCCGCGCCCUCUCGGUGGCCGAUGGCCCGGGCGAAGGGGGAGGCGGAAGGCGCCCGCCGAGGACGUCGUGCUGCUCGUCCUCUCCCUGGCCCUGGGCGACAGGCUCGCCGUCCUCGCGGAGGCCUGGCGCGCGUCGGGCCUGGGCCAGGCGCUCGGCAUCUGGGCGGCGGUGUGGGGGCGGGCGAGGAGGAGGAGGAAGACGAUGGGCGGGCUCCGGAGGCUCGCGGCGCUGCUGCUCGGGAUCGCGUUCUGCGCGCUCGCGUCGCAUUUCAGAGGGGCGGCGUUCUUGGAAGGCCUCCGGAAGACGGGCGGCGGCCGGAAAUUGGCGCGGAUUUUCCUGCACUGAUUGGUUUUUUGUUUCCCUGUUCGAUUUCUUGAGGACGCAUUUGCCCGUCAGAAGUGUAGGUAAUUGUUUCCCAUUCGAUUUCUUGAGGACGCAUUUGCCCGAAACGGGGUCAGAAUUGUAGGUUUCCUUGUGCGGGUAGAUUGUGUUCCUCAACUGUUGAUGUGAUUUUGUUGCGGCUGAUGUUCUUUCUACUUGUCACUUGUGGUUGUGGAGGCAUUCUGUUCUGUUGGCAUCCUGAUGAAGUGGAUUAAUGAUUUGGACAA